AUGUCCAGGAUGCUACCCCAUCUGCUUGCCACGAGGAAAUCAAAGACGAUAAUCGUAGCCGUGCUUCUUUUUUACUCUUUGUUGUCAUUUCAUCUGUCUAACAAAAGGUUGCUUUCUCAAUUUCACCCAAGUAAAAGUGAUUAUAAGAAGACGCUUCUCCCCACGACUUCGCAUUUACAAGAUCUAAAUCUCAGGAAACAAAGUGCGGUUGGCAAGAAGAAAACCCAUCUGUACAGUUUACGUGAUCAAUUGUCAUUUGCGUUCCCUUACGACCCUCAGUCUCCAAUUCCGCAGAGAGUAUGGCAAACCUGGAAAGUUGGCACAGAUAGUGAGGAUUUUCCCUCCAAUUUCAGAACUUGUCAGAAAACAUGGUCAGGUUCAUCACAUUACCAAUAUUCUUUGAUUCCAGAUGACUCCACCAUCCCAUUCUUGGAGAAUCUUUACGCACCCGUACCACUAGUUGUUCAAGCGUUUAAGUUGAUGCCUAAAAAUAUAUUGAAGGCGGACUUUUUUAGGUAUUUAGUGUUAUUCGCAAGAGGUGGUGUUUACUCAGAUAUAGACACCAGGCUUUUAAAGCCGAUCGACUCAUGGCCUUCCAAGAGGAAAUCAUGGUUAGACGACAUAAUAAACGUGAACAUCGCGAUUCCUUAUAAAAAUCUAAAGGUCUCACCUCCCACAAGCAGUAAAAUAUCACAGCAACCGGGACUAGUCAUCGGCAUUGAGGCUGAUCCCGACAGAGUUGACUGGAAUGACCAUUAUGCCCGUAGAAUCCAGUUUUGUCAAUGGACUAUUCAAGCUAAGCCCGGCCAUCCAAUCCUCAGAGAAUUGAUUUUGAAUAUUACCGCAUCAACUUUAAUGAGCGUGAAAAACUCAGGCGUUCCUAUCGGUGAUAUGAUUGAUUCAAGAUAUAAGGAUGAUUACAAUGUUAACAUUAGGAAGGAAAGACAUAAGGACAGGACUGACAAACACUCCGAAUCGGAAAAUAACGAAGAAGUCGAUGUAAUGAAUUGGACGGGUCCAGGCAUUUUCUCUGACAUCAUCUUCGAAUAUUUAAACAAUGCACUGGAACACAACGACGAUAUCCUACUGGUCAACCCAAACCUGACCAAGGACGAUAGCGACAGCGCUUCUAUGCCAGCAGAUGAGGUUGACAGCAGUGGGUCAGCCAAAUCGACAAGAAAGUUCUAUAAAAAAAUAUCAGCAUCUUUGCAGUCGUCAAAUUUAGUGCCGUGGGAAUUUUUUUCCUUUAUGAAGAAGCCUGUUAUUGUAGAUGAUGUGAUGGUUCUGCCAAUAACAAGUUUUUCACCAGAUGCUGGACACAUGGGCUCCAAAUCAAGUGAUGACGAAUCGGCUUAUGUAAAGCAUAUGUUUGACGGGUCUUGGAAAGAAGAUAAUGUUAAAAGUGCUGGCCAUAAAUAA